ACCUCGUCGAUGAUAGUUUUGCCAUUAGUGCCAAAACUUGUCUCGUGAUAAAGUGCCCAAAAGAAUAAAAAAGAAAAUAAAAAAAAGACGUUGAUUUGGUUCGCAUGAUGCCUAAAAUGAUUGCCAGGUUCUCGAUUUCCACAGUGUACUGUAGUUUGCCCAUAUCCCUGCUUUGUAUCGAAUUAGUGGGACUAUCAAGUAGCGACCGUUUUACUAUUGAUUUUGAUCUGAGUGAUUUGUUCAUGGCUUCUUCUCGAACUUGCCACCGUUGAUGAUAAUAUCGAGAUGAGCGACUAUGGAUAUUAGGAAAGUACACAGCGACCAUAGGGCCAAAGGAAAAAAGCACGGGGAAUUGAUUGACUGGCCCGUCAAAACCCUCUUCCCUGAUUUUCCCACCCAGCCAUUCCUUCACUCAUGUCGAUCGUAGUAAAAGUACCAUUCUAAAGGUACACCAAAGCAUCAUCAUUUUGCUAAAGAGCGAAAAAAAGGACACUGGGCAACUUCCCCCAACUGGCGGACGGGAUGCACCGGGCCCCGUUCUAGCUUAGCCGGAGAGCCAAUCCUUCCCAUCACGGGGAAAGUCUAUUGGUCUCCAACGCAGCUCACGCUUGCACUUGCAAUCGGUUUCGGCUGAAUGCGACCCGCUGAUAGGCUAGAGGGAAGACGCCAAUCAGAAUGACCUAUCAGGGAUGGU